CGCCCCUUCAAAGCUCUGUCCGAAGUCAGAGAGCGCACGCUGUCAGAAGCAGCUGAUCGUUAACGUGAAAGGGCAGUUCAGAGCUAGCCUACCUCACCACCUUGCUACCUAUCAACAAUGGCAUCUGAAGAGCUGGCCAAGAAAUUGCAGCGCAGGUUAGCCACGGAGCAGUCAGCACCUCCGGACCUGUGUGUAGUAGAUAAUCGGACAAAAACGAGUCAGGGAGAGGAGCAUGAAAAAACAGCAGUUAUAAAUGGCAGUGCUACAUCAGAACUGACAGCAAAACUCUCAAGAAGACUGGAUAUUAACGAGGGCAACACAGAGCCGAAGCAGACGAAGGUUUUUAACCCUUACACAGAAUUUAAAGAAUUUUCGAGGAAACAGAUCAAAGAUAUGGAGAAAAUGUUUAAACGGUAUGAUUCUGGGAAGGAUGGCUUUAUUGACCUGAUGGAGCUGAAGAUGAUGAUGGAGAAGUUGGGUGCUCCACAGACGCACCUGGGCCUGAAGAGCAUGAUCAAGGAGGUGGAUGAGGACUUUGAUGGCAAACUCAGCUUCAGAGAGUUUUUGCUCAUUUUCCGGAGGGCCGCAGCAGGUGAGUUGCAAGAGGAGAGUGGCCUGUUGAUGCUGGCACGGCUGUCUGAGAUCGAUGUGUCCACUGAGGGUGUGCUGGGAGCUCGGGACUUCUUUGAGGCCAAGGUGCAGGCUUUAGCGGUGGGCAGCAGGUUUGAGGCAGAGAUCCGGGAGGAGCAAGAGGAAAGAAAGCGACAGGAGCUGGAGAGAAAGCAGCGCCGUGCAGCUUUCAAAGAACUGCAGUCCACUUUCUGUCCCUGAGCGCCUGCCCAGCAUGACCCCUGCCCCUCCCAAAAAGUGUGACCUGCUUACCCCUGCAUCCAGUUGACAGGACCAUGGCCCUAGUGCCUGGUUCCUUCAGACUGACGUGAAAAUGUCUGCACCCAAAAUGACCUCUGAAACACUGUAGGCUGGGAAGGAGUGAGGUGUGGGCAGCCAUCACCUCGCUUAACAUAUUAAUAUGUAUUGUUCUCAUGUGGCAUAAACAUUGUAGCAACAGUACCAUGUUGCCCCAAAUCACUGCAGCAAUAUUAUAGAUUAGUGUUAAGUGAUCCACUUGCCAAAGUACUUGUUUGAGUUCCUGUGAAAUAUUAGCCUCUCAAUACAAUAAACAUUCUGUUUAUCAGCUAAUUGGCAGCUCUUUAGUAAAUACUGCUCAUAUGCGGCAGUGAAAAUGCUCUUGCAUUGACAUAAAAUAAAUGUAAAAGAAACAUGUCAUGCCAAAUUUUGAACAGGUAUUACAUUUAGUUUGAAAUAACUGAUCAUAUAUUAUUGUAUUGUGAAUUCACUAUAGAAAUACUGUGUAUUUGGGUAACUGAACACAAGUUAGAUUUGGUUGAUGGGAGCACAUUUGUGAUGUUUGAUAUUCCUAAAAUUGCAGAAAGAGCACUGGUUUUUACAAAAGUUAUAGUUGCAAAAUAAUUAUUUUAAUUGUAUAGAUUUUUGUUUGAAGGGUUUUCAUUGUGAAACAUUGUGUUGUCACAAAUAGGGGUAUUUGUCUACUAUAUAAACAUUGACAUAUACCAGUGGUUCCAAACCCUGUUCCUGGUGAUCUACAAUCCUGUAAGUUUUCACUCAACCCUUAUUUGGCACACCUGAUUCUACUAAUGUUGAAUGAAGUGUGCUUUUUUAGGAUUGGAGUGAAAACCUACAGGAUGGUAUAUCUCCAGGAACAAGGUUGGGAACCACUGAUAUAUGAUAUAUACUGAUAUAUAUGAUAUAUAGAUGAAUGCCUGUGUCAGAUUUAAAAUAUUGUACAAGUUCAGUUGCUGUUCUUGGUAUUCAAUAUGAUAAUAUUGUGUAAUUAAUGUUUUUAUUAGCUCCUGGUAAAAGUAAUGUGCAGUCACAAUGGCGUAUUAAUUUUAAUGUUUGUCUAGAAUUGAAAUAAUUCAAAUUAUGUAUUUUCAUAAAUAAAAUGCAAUCAUAAUUGUGUAA